AUGGAUUGGGACGUGGACGAGCUGCUAGCUGAACCAACUACAGAAGUAGAGCAAGACUACUCUUCCCUCUGUAGGCAGUGGUUGAAUGAGCGUAUGGCUCCUGAAUUACUUCCGUUUGCAGAAGACGUUGUUACAAGGGUUACAGAAAGACUUCGAGCUCAAGUGGAAACUUUACAAACUUCAAUUGGAACUGCCAAUGCCACUGGCUAUCGUAGCGUGCUAAUUCAAAUUGAACUUGAGCGCAUAAAAUUUGUUUUAAGGUCUUAUUUACGGACAAGAUUGAGCAAAAUCGACGAUUAUGGUCAGUAUAUUCAGGCAAAUCCAAGUGUGCUCCUAAAUUUAUCAUCAACUGAAAGACAGUACCUUUUACGGCAUCAACAACUAUUGCAUAGACAUUAUAUGACCUCUUUUCUUCGAGAACUUCCUAUUAAGAUGAAUAAACUCGACGACACAAUUGGAAGGACCAGUAUGGUAGCAGCACCGGACAUGGAGAGUCCCGUUUUUUGUAUGGUUAAUGAAACAAUUGAAGAAAACCUUAGAGUGGCAGAAAAUGAAUAUGUAACUUUGGAUCGGGGUGAUAUUUUACUUUUGAAGUACUCGGCUAUUGCAAAUUAUGUUCGUACUGGAGCUGUUUCCCUAAUUUAA